CCCGCGGCCCGGUCACGUCCCCGCGCGGGCGCCGCCGCCCCGCGCCGCCGGAGCAGCUCGGCCGCGGCCCUGAGGUGAAGGGCGGAUGAUCGGAUGAUCGAGGCCUCCGGGGCUGCAGGGAGAGCCCUGGACGUCAGCAUCGAUACCGGGGACCCGCCCUCCAGUCACGCACCUGGGAGCCGCACCCCAGCCACCAGCAGCCGAGCCGGCCUCCCGCCAUCCGGAGGACAGGGAAUGACGGAGGUGGCCCCGCGGGCCUGGGGGGCGGCGGAGUGUCCCUGAGGAGGGGCUGGGCCGCCUCCCGCGGCGGGAGCGCCAUGCCAACUGGAGCGGGGGCGCCGGGGCAGGGGCUGCAGCGGGCCAUGGCCUCGCCCCCCGAGGCGCGCUGAGCGCCUCCGCCUUGCACCGGCUCCCACCGCCGGGGCACGCGUGCGUGCGUGCGUGCGUGCGUGCGUCGGGCCCGAGCCUCCCGUCUGGGCAUCGUCUCAGCAUCGUCGCUCCCCCCGCGGCUGGUGGGCCCCCGGUGCUGCCCGGCCGGACCAUGGGAUGCCGGCAAAGCUCAGAGGAGAAAGAGGCGGCCCGGCGGUCGCGGCGCAUCGACCGCCACCUGCGCUCGGAGAGCCAGCGGCAGCGGCGCGAGAUCAAGCUGCUGCUGCUGGGCACCAGCAACUCGGGCAAGAGCACCGUGGUGAAGCAGAUGAAGAUCCUUCACAGCGGAGGCUUCAACCUGGAGGCCUGCCGCGAGUACAAGCCGCUCAUCGUCUACAACGCCAUCGACUCGCUCACGCGCAUCGUGCGCGCCCUGGCCGCGCUCAAGAUCGACUUCCACAACCCCGACCGCGCCUACGACGCCGUGCAGCUGUUCGCGCUCACGGGCCCGGCCGAGAGCAAGGGCGAGAUCACGCCCGAGCUGCUGGGCGUCAUGCGGCGGCUGUGGGCCGACCCCGGCGCGCAGGCCUGCUUCGGCCGCUCCAGCGAGUACCACCUGGAGGACAACGCGGCGUACUACCUGAACGACCUGGAGCGCAUCGCCGCGCCCGACUACGUGCCCACCGUGGAGGACAUCCUGCGCUCCCGGGACAUGACCACGGGCAUCGUGGAGAACAAGUUCACCUUCAAGGAGCUCACCUUCAAGAUGGUGGACGUGGGCGGCCAGCGGUCGGAGCGCAAGAAGUGGAUCCACUGCUUCGAGGGCGUCACCGCCAUCAUCUUCUGCGUGGAGCUCAGCGGCUACGACCUGAAGCUCUACGAGGACAACCAGACGAGCCGGAUGGCCGAGAGCCUGCGCCUCUUCGACUCCAUCUGCAACAACAACUGGUUUGUCAGCACGUCCCUCAUCCUCUUCCUGAACAAGAAGGACCUGCUGGCGCAGAAGAUCCGCCGCACCCCGCUGACCGUGUGCUUCCCCGAGUACAGCGGCCAGAACACCUACGAGGAGGCCGCCGUCUACAUCCAGCGGCAGUUCGAGGACCUGAACCGCAACAAGGAGACGAAGGAGAUCUACUCACACUUCACCUGCGCCACGGACACCAGCAACAUCCAGUUCGUGUUCGACGCCGUGACCGACGUCAUCAUCCAGAACAACCUCAAGUACAUCGGUCUCUGCUGAGGGCCCGGCGGGGC